AUGAUAUAAUAGAUUAAAUAUUACAAAGAAUUAGAAGAACUUUUAAACUCUUCGCUUUUAUCUCAUUAGGUUCUCCAUAUUGGUCUGAGAUACAAAUAAAUUGGUGCAAUCGGAGCAUCAGGCUUAGGUUCUGUAUUAGCAAAUUGCAUUAAUCUCUCAAAUUUGACACUUGACCUUAGUGGCAAUUAAAUUGGUGCAAUAGGUGCAUUUGGUACAUCAGGCUUAGGUUCUGGUUUAGCAAAUUGCAUUAAUCUCUCAAAUUUGACACUUGAUCUUAGCGGCAAUUAAAUUGGUGACAAAGGAGCAUCAGGCUUAGCUUAUAGUUUAGUAAAUUGCAUUAAUCUCUCAAAUUUGACACUUGACCUUAAGGGCAAUUAAAUUGGUGAUGAAGGAGCAUUAGGCUUAGGCUAUGGUUUAGGAAAUUACAUUAAUCUCUCAAAUUUGAAACUUGACCUUUAGGGCAAUUAAAUUGGUGAUGAAGGAGUAUCAGGAUUAGGCUCUGGUUUAGCAAAUUGCACUAAUCUCUCAAAUUUGACAAUUGACCUUUAAUACAAUUAAAUUGGUGCAAUGGGUGCAUCAGGCUUAGGUUCUGGUUUAGCAAAAAGCAUUAAUCUCUCAAAUUUGACACUUAACAUUAUGUACAAUUAAAUUGGUGAUGAAGGAGCAUCAGGCUUUGCUUAUGGUUUAGCAAAUUGCAUUAAUCUCUCAAAUUUGAAACUUGACCUUUAGUAAAAUUUAAUUGGUAAAAUGGGUGCAUCAGGCUUAGUUUAUGGCUUAGCAAAUAGCAUUAAUCUCUCAAAUUUAACACUUGACCUUAGUGGCAUUUAAAUUGGUGAUGAAGGAGCAUCAGGCUUAGGCUCUGGUUUAACAAAUUGCAUUAAUCUCUCAAAUUUGACACUUGACCUUUAGUACAAUUAAAUUUGCACAAUAGGUUUAUUAGGCUUAGGUUCUGGUUUAGCAAAUUGCAUUAAUCUCUCAAAUUUGACACUUUAUCUUAAGGGCAAUUAAAUUGGUGAUGAAGGAGCAUCAGGCUUAGGUUAUGGUUUAGCAAAUAGCAUUAAUCUCUCAAAAUUGGCACUUUAUCUUUAGGGCAAUUAAAUUGGUGAUGAAGGAGCAUCAGACUUAGGUUCGGGUUUAGCAAAUAGCAUUAAUCUCUCAAAUUUAACACUUGACCUUUAGGGCAAUUAAAUUGGUGCAAUGGGUGCAUAAGGCUUAGGAUCUGGUUUAAAAAAUUGCAUUAAUCUGUCAAAUUUAACACUUGACCUUUAGUGCAAUUAAAUUGGUGCAAUGGGUGCAUCAGGCUUAGGAUCUGGUUUAAAAAAUUGCAUUAAUCUCUCAAAUUUGACACUUUACCUUGAUUACAAUAAAAUUGGUGACGAAGGUACAUCAGGCUUAGGUUCUGCUUUAGCAAAUUGCAUUAAUCUCUCAAAUUUGACACUUUACCUUUAGUUAAAUUAAAUUGGUGAAAAAGGUGCAUCAGAUUUAGCUUCCGGUUUAGCAAAUUGCAUUAAUCUCUCAAAUUUGACACUUUACCUUAGUAAGAAUUAAAUUGGUGACAGAGGUGCAUCAGAUUUAGCUUCUGGUUUAGCAAAUUGCAUUAAUCUCUCAAAUUUGACACUUAAGCUUAGUUACAAUAAAAUUGGUGACAAAGGUGCAUCAGACUUAGCUUCUGGUUUAGCAAAUUGCAUUAAUCUCUCAAAUUUGACACUUUACCUUAAUUUUAUUGGUGACAAAGGUGCAUCAGACUUAGUUUCUGGUUUAGCAAAUUGCAUUAAUCUCUCAAAUUUGACACUUGACCUUAUGUUAAAUUAAAUUGGUGAUGAAGGUGCAUCAGAUUUAGCUUCUGGUUUAGCAAAUUGCAUUAAUCUCUCAAAUUUGACACUUGACCUUAGUAAGAAUUAAAUUGGUGACAGAGGUGCAUCAGAUUUAGCUUCUGGUUUAGCAAAUUGCAUUAAUCUCUCAAAUUUGACACUUAAGCUUAGUUCCAAUUAUAUUUGUGAUAAAGGUGUAUCAGACUUAUGUUCUGGUUUAGCAAAUUGUGUUAAUCUUUCAAAUUUGACACUUGAUCUUGGUAUAAAAUAAAUUGGUGCAAUUGGUGCGUCAGGCUUAAGUUUUUCUUUAACAAAGUUGAUUAAUCUCUCAAAUUUGACACUUUGCCUUAAUUACAAUUAAAUUGGUGAUAAAGGCGCAUCAGGCUUAGGUUUUGGUUUAGCAAAGUGCAUUAAUCUCUCAAAUUUGAAUCUUGAUCUUGGUAACAAUUAAAUUGGUGCAAUAGGUGCAUCAGGCUUAAGUUCUGGUUUAGCAAAUUGUAUUAAUCUCUCUAAUUUGACACUUAAUCUAUCUAACAAUGAAAUUGGUGCAAUUGGUGCAUCAAGCUUAGGUUCUGGUUUAGCAAAUUGCAUUAAUCUCUCAAACUUGAUACUAGAUCUUGGAAAAAAUUAGAUUGGUGAUAAAUGUGCAUCAGGUUUAGGUUCUGAUUUAGCAAAUUGCAUUUAUCUCUCAAACUUGACACUUGAUCUUGGUUACAAUUAAAUUGGUGCAACUGGUGCAUCAGACUUAGGUUCUGGUUUAGCAAAUUGCAUUAAUCUCUCUAAUUUGACACUUAAUCUUGGUUACAAUUAAAUUGGUGAUAAAUGUGCAUCAGGUUUAGGUUCUGGUUUAGCAAAUUGCAUUAAUCUCUCAAACUUGACACUUGAUCUUCGUUACAAUUAAAUUGGUGAUAAAUGUGCAUCAGGUUUAGGUUCUGGUUUAGCAAAUUGCAUUAAUCUCUCAAACUUGAUACUUGAUCUUCGUUGGAAUAAAAUUGGUGAUUAAGGUGUAUCAGGCUUAGGUUUUGGUUUAGCAAAUUGCAUUAAUCUCUCAAAUUUGACACUUGAUCUUUUUAACAAUGAAACUGGUGCAAUGGGUGCAUCAGGCUUAGGUUCUGGUUUAGCAAAUUGUAUUAAUCUCUCUAAUUUGACACUUAAUCUUGGUUAUAAUUAAAUUGGUUCAAUGGGUGCAUCAGGAUUAGGUUGUUCUUUAGCAAAAAGCAUUAAUCUCUCAAAUUUGACACUUCACCUUAUUAACAAUUAAAUUGGUGCAAUAGGUGCAUCAGGCUUAAGUUCUGGUUUAGCAAAUUGUAUUAAUCUCUCUAAUUUGACACUUCAGCUUGAGUAAAAACAGUUUAUUUGUUUUGGAUUAUGA